AUGACUUUUAAGUGUCCACCAUCUCUUCAACUUGAAACAGAUGCAAAACGGCCAAAGGUCAGCGCUGAUCACAUAUCCGCAUUUUCUGACACUUCAUCCGAUGUUAGUGAUCUCGAAGAUUUUUCACGUCCUUUAAAUGCACCGGAUUCGUGGGAUUCGGAAACAAGCAAUGGGCCUAAUACUGUUGGAGCAAAUGAAGUGACUGAGACUACUGUCCGUCGACUUACUGUGUUUCUUGAAAAACGUGCUCUAAGCAACCAGGAAGCUCAAAAUAAGUUCCUUGACCAAUCUAAGCGUUUUAUGCAGUCAGAAUUGGAACUACAAGAAACACCGGAGGAGAUGCAGGUGCUUGCAGCCAAUCCAGAAUUAUACCCAAUCUUAGCAGAACAAACACGUCCCAUAUCAUUAUUGUUAGGUUUAUUGGCUCAUGAAAAUACAGAUAUUAGUUUAUCUGUUAUUGAUCUGUUGCAUGAAUUACUUGAAUCUAGUUGUUUACAAGAAGCUGGAUUAGACAAAGUUAAUCAAUUUUUAGAAGUUUUGUUUACUGAACAAUUGAUACAAUCACUUAUAUGGAAUAUUUCACGUUUAGAUGAGACGAAGAAAGAUGAAGCUGACGGUGUGCAUAAAACACUCGGAAUUGUUGAAAGUUUACUACAAAUUCGUCCGGAUAUAACUGUGAUAAUGGCAAAUCAAAGUUUAUUUGCAUGGCUUCUACGACGUUUACAAAAACGUCCAGUAUUUGACAAAAAUAAAUUAUACGUUAGUGAGCUAUUAUCAAUCUCAUUACAAAUGGAUGAAGCUAAUCGUCUUCAAUUAGGUGAAGUAGACGGUAUUGAUAUAUUGUUGCAACAAUUAUCUGUUUAUAAACGACAUGAUCCUGGAAGUCAAGAAGAAAUUGAAUUAGAGCUUAAUUUAUUCGAUUGUCCCCACCCGUGUUCUGCUCACUACAUUCUGGAGAUUUUAAUAUCAAGCAUCACUUAA